AUGAUCGAGAAAAAAUCAUUCGAGAUUGCUAUUCUCCCAGGCGAUGGCAACGGACCAAAUCUCGCCCGGCAAGCCCGCCGCAUAUUUGCAACGAUCGAGAAACACAGACGCAACUACAGCUUUCAUAUUUCGGAACAUGCGAUCGGCGGUGCAGCGUUGGACAAGGGACUCCCUGCUCUCCCUGCAGAGACUCUUAAGGCUUGUUUGAGGUCUGAUGCAGUAAUUAUAUGCUGCUGCGGGGGAGUGACUGAGCACGCUCAUGCCCCGGAAGAAGCAAUUCUGAAGCUACGAAGAGCACUAGACGUGUAUGCCAAUAUCAGGGUCGUCCAGUUCCCUAGCACGAAUCUUGUAUCGCGUAGCUCAUUCAAGAAGAACAUGGUGGAAGACUUGGACAUAACAUUCGUUCGGGAUAUGUCUGGAGGUGCAUAUUACGGAUCCAAACAAGAAUCCGACGAUGAGCACCAUGUCGCCUACGACACAACCGAGUAUUCCCGAGAAGACAUUGAGAGACUUGCGGUGUGGGCUGGGACUUACGCAAUGCAGACGACUCCUCCCAGAAACGUACACUCAGUCGACAAAGCAAAUGCCAUGGCAACAUCUCGUCUUUGGCGAUCGACGGUCACUGAUGUUUUCAAAACCAAAUUUCCGGCGGUAACGUUGAACCACUUACUUGUGGACGAUGCGGCGGCCUUGCUGUCCAGCACCCCAAUGAGUCUCAAUGGUGUCUUACUCACGGAAAAUCUCUUUGGAGACAUACUUUCUGACCAAGCUGGCGGGAUCAUCAACUCGCCAAAUGUACUGUCAUCUGCCUCUGUAUCUCACCUACCUGGCCACUUUCUUGAGAAUUCUUGUGGCAUUUUUGAGCCCCUGAACUUGAAAGCGGGUCAAAACGGUCACGACAAUCCGAUAGCGAUCAUUCAAUCUGUUUCCGAUAUGCUGCGGCUCGGCAUUGGUCUUCACGCCGAAUCCGAUGCUCUGGGUCAUGCUCUGCGACGAACAUUGGACCCACCUGAACUCAUUGGUGCUAAUGUGCUUACCAAAGAUCUCGGUGGCACUGCAACAGCUGAUGUUUUCAUGGAAACUUUGCUUGAGCAAUUCGGGUUUUUCCUUGAAGCGGCAAACUCAAUUGACAUGGCGACGGUGCAGGACGACUCUAUUCUUCCUCCCGCCAAGCAAUCACAACGUGAUCACCACGUUCGACCAAUGGGUGUAGUUGAAAAGAUCAUUACGAAUGCUGCAAUCGGUCUUGACGUACCUCAGGUGAAUGUUGGCGAUAUGGUAGCCGUCCGUGUGGAUUGGACGGUGACUUCCGAGCUCCUUUGGGCCGGAAUGGAAAAGACAUACAACCAAAUGAACCGCCCGAGACCGUAUCGCAACGAUAGAAUCUGGCUGGCCGUCGAUCAUACGGUUGAUCCCAGGACCAACCAUCUUCCAAAGCAAAAGGGGCUAAUUGAAAAGGCCGAACUCUUUCAGCGAGAAGCAAAGAUCAUCGAUUUUCUUCCAGCAAAUACCAGUAUCAUGCACACCGACUUCACUCGCGAAAGAGCCCAGCCGGGCCACAUUGUCGUCGGCAGUGAUUCCCAUACCUGUUCCGCGGGCAGUAUGGGCACCCUGGCUGUAGGGUUUGGUGCAGCCGAUGUAGUAAUGCCUUUGGUGACGGGCGAGACUUGGUUUCGUGUCCCAGAAGUCUGCCGCAUCAACUUUGUGGGCAGUCUCCCGUGGGGCACUUCGGGCAAGGACGUCAUUUUGCACAUCCUCGGACUAUUCAAACGCAAUACUAUCGCAUUCCAGAGAGCCGUUGAAUACGGAGGAGCCAGUUUGAAAGAGUUAUCCAUGGAUGCAAGGUUUGCCAUUGCAAACAUGACUACAGAGUUUGGCGGCAUGGGAGCAUGCUUUGAGGCUGACGAAAUCACUGCAAGCUGGCUGUCGCGUCGUAAACUACUUCAGCACAAGAACCGAGGUCUUUACUUUCGAGCUGAUCCUGGUGCCCAGUAUUCUGAGGAGAGAACCAUCGAUCUCUCUAAUGUUGCACCUACGAUCGCUCUGUAUCCGAAUCCCGACGAUGUGGUGCCCAUACAUACAAAAUCAGGCAUGAAGCUAGACGGCUGCUUCAUAGGAGCCUGCACCACUACCGAGGAAGACCUCGUCAUCGGUGGACUAGUUCUUGAAGCAGGACUGAAAGCAGGUAUGGUGCCGGUGAAGAAAGGAAAGAGACGCGUUACACCGGGCAGCCUGAGCAUCAUCAAGUCACUCACGGAGAAUGGAAUCAUAGAAAUCUACAAACAGGCGGGCUUCGAGGUUGGGGCACCAGGUUGCUCCUACUGUGUUGGUAUCAAUGAUGUUGAUGUUGCUGACAUUGAUGAAGUAUGGCUUUCAUCACAAAAUCGCAACUUUCGGAAUCGAAUGGGAAAAGGAAGUUUCGGCAACAUCACAAACGCCGCUGCGGUGGCAGCCUCCAGUUUUGAAAUGCUGGUGACAGAUCCAACAUCAUUAGUCAAUCAGAUCGACAAGGAGAAGUAUCGCAAGUACACCCAACAAAACUCAACACAGUCUCGAGAAGCGACAGAAAUUCAAGUGGCGCAGCCAGAACCCUUGGGUCUGAAAGAGCCCGUAAUAUUUGACGGUUCCAAUGUUGAUUUGGACGUCAACAUACCCAAAUCAGCCAAGGUGAUCAAAUCAAGGGUUCAACGUUUCGGAGAUAAUGUUGAUACAGACGCUAUCAUUCCGGCAGAAUUCAUGCCUGGUAAAGACAACAAAGAUCUUGGCAGUCACUGUUUUGAAUAUUUCCGGCCAGACUUCCGCCAGAAGGCACAUGAUGGUGCUCAAAUCAUUGUUGCGCAAGACGGUUUUGGCAGCGGAUCUUCUCGUGAGGAUGCAGUCAGAGCACUACAAGGGGCAGGUAUCGUAGGUGUAAUUGCAAAAGGAUUUGCCUUCAUCUACGACCGCAAUCAGCUGAAUAUGGGACUCUUCAAUGCCAUCAUCACCGAUGACGAUUUCUACCAGCACGCAACCGAGGGUUCCACGAUCACUGUUGACAAGGACCAGAAGAUCAUCACGAUUUGCGGUGUUGAUAAAACCUUCCGCUAUGAGAGCUCUUGGAUUGAGGAUACACUUCUCAAUGCUGGAGGAAUACUUCCUCUCUAUCAUUUGCACGGUACUUCCCUCUUCCGUCAUCUCACAAGCUCCAAAACCAAGAACUCGGCUAUUACAAUGGGCUCAGGCCUUUCAACCAAUGCCUUCAGCAAUGAACGUGGUCCACAUAGCGAGCUUGCUUGGUAG